AUGCAGCGACCCGACGGCGCGGCCAGGGCCCUGGCUGUGCUACGCAAGCCCAGUGUGGGGGCGGAGCUCAUUUACAAGUACGCAUCCCCGGUGGUGGCACAGGCCACAGACGAGGCCGUCGACUUUUUGGUGGCAAAGGGCCCCGCCCUCGACCCCGCCCGCCUGCUGCCGGCCCUCGCGCGCUUCGGGGAGCCGGGCGCGGCGCCGGCGAAGCGUGGCGCGGCGCUGCGCUACGUGCGCUUCGCGCUGGACCUGCUGCGCUGCACGGACGGGACGGUCCAUAACCUGGCGGUGGCGCUGCUGUCCUUGGACCCUGACGAGGGCCCCCUGCUGGACUACUUGUCGCGUGCGGGCCGCGACCCGCUGGGGCGGCCGCUGUACGACGCUAAAUACGCGCUUCGCCUGGCGCGCGACAGGGACAGGCCGCGCGCGUGCGUGAAGCUGCUGAGUCAGCUGGGGCUGCAUCAAGACGCGGUGGCCCUGGCGUUGGAACAGGUUGAUCUGGAUCUGGCCAAGGCCGUGGCCGAGAACGGGCCAGCAGAGGACGACGAGCAGCUCAGGCGCAAGCUGUGGCUGGACAUCGCGCGGCGGGUGGUCCAGGAUGGCGGCGGAGAGGGGGACCAGGCUGAACACAUAGCAGCUGUUAUGGGCCUGUUGAGAGAAGCUGGCGGCCUCCUGCGCAUUGAGGACGUGCUCCCGCUCUUCCCAGACUUCGUAACCAUCGAUGCAUUCAAGGCAGCCAUCGUGGACAGCCUGCAGCGGUACAGCGCCCAGAUCGACGCCCUGAAGCACGAAAUGGACGAGGCAACACAGAUUGCGGGUGCGGCGCGCCGCGCCGCGCCCUGA